AUGGCCGAGACGAUGCCUAAAUGUGAGGCAAAUGGCCAUCACAAAAUCAUUAUAAACAAAGAAGCCCCGAAUGUUCCUUUCUACACUCCAGUUCAAGAUCCACCAGCAGGAACACCAUAUGAUGUUCAGCCUGAAGGAAGUCUAUUUUCCCCUCUUAAAUUGAGAAACCUGACUCUUCACAACCGGAUUUUCGUAUCCCCAAUGUGUCAAUAUUCAGCAAAGGAUGGUGUCACGACCCCCUGGCAUAAGCAGCACUUGGGCAGUUUCGCAGCACGAGGUCCGGGCCUCAUCGUUACAGAAGUCAAUGCAGUCUCACCAGAGGGGCGAAUCAGUCCGGAGGAUGCAGGUAUCUAUGAUGAUGGACAGCUUGGACCUCUUCAAGAUAUUGUGGACUUUGUUCAUAGCCAGGGCGCCAAGAUUGCGAUUCAGAUGGGCCAUGCCGGGAGAAAGGCGAGCACAGUCGUACCAUGGCUGGAUCGCAAGAACACUGCUUUCAAAGAGGCGAAUGGGUGGCCUGAUGAGGUGGUCGCACCAAGUGCAAUUCCUUACAGCCCAGAGUCUGUCGUCCCCAAGGAGAUGACCAAGCAUGAUAUCUCAAAGUUCAAGCAAGACUGGGUCGCCGCUGUGAAGCGUGCCGUCAAAGCCGGCUUUGAUGCCAUUGAAGUCCAUGCUGCCCAUGGCUACCUCAUCAACUCAUUCCUCUCCCCAACCUCUAAUCAGAGGACAGAUGAGUAUGGAGGCUCCUUCGAAAACCGCAUCCGUCUACUUGUUGAGAUUGUCCAACUGACCCGCGAGACUGUCCCUCAAGGGUACCCCGUUUUCGCCCGCAUUCCCGGGACUGACUAUCUUGACUUCGAUCCAUCUCUACCUCAGUGGCAUAUCGAAGAAGCAGCACUCCUCGCAAAGAUUCUUGCAGAUAACGGAGUAGACCUGCUUGACGUCACUGGUGGUGGCUUGGAUAGCCGUCAAAAAAUCAAUUCCGGCCCUGGGUAUCAAGUUCCGUGGGCUGCUGCUGUCAAGAAAGCUGUCAAGGGCACUGGGACCGCUGUAACUUCUGUAGGAAUGAUCACUUCCGGGAAGCAGGCUCAGAGCUACCUUGACGAUGGCUCUGUGGAUGCGGUCUUUGUUGGACGCGGCUUUCUCAAAGAUCCCAACCUGGUGUGGCACUGGGCCGAUGAACUGAACAUUGACAUUCACGUUGCUGCUCAAUACGGAUGGGGUUUCGGGAUCACCCGUACUCAUAGGCCGAGCAAGCACUAA